AUGGAGGUGAAGAAAUGUGAAAGAGGAGAGGAAGAAAUCCUGGGCAUGUUAGCAGCGAGUAUCACUCCGAGAGGAGAGGUGGAAGAGAUGCUGAUUGCGAUCUCCCCACGAAAAGACUGUCGACUCAAAAUAUCGAUGCCUCCUCCAACGGUGGAAACAGAUGAGGAGUUGCUGGUAGCCAGUUUCGAUGGAUCGGCUAGGAUAAAAAAGAAAGGAGGGUCGUUCAGUGCCGUGAUAUGGAAGUUACCCGAAUGGACGAUCGUGGCGGCCGAAUCGAGAUAUGUUCACGAUCUGACUGUGAAUGAAGCUGAGUAUAAUGGCUUGCUACUGUGCUUUGAGUUACUCGCCGAUCUGGAUAGGGGGCGAGUAAUACUGUGUGGAGAUUCCAGUCUGGUGAUUCGACAGAUGCGCGGUGAGAUCGACUGCAAGGCACCGGGCCUUCAGCUUCUGAGACACAAAGCGUUGGAGAAGCUGCAGUCAUGGCCUAGUCACGAGUUUCUGCAUAUGAAGCGAGAGUGGAAUCAGAGCGCAGAUCGACUAGCCAGCACAGCAUUGCAGAGCGAAAAGGGAAGAACGGUUGUAGCUGAAGAGGAUCGGCAAGAUCUGAUGACUCUGAACCGUCUCGAUGAAUUGUUGAAGCCCAAGCAAGAUGGUCAGCUAGCUCGGGUAACUGCGAUCGCGAGAUCAGCCAGGAGGAUACGUCAUGAACCUGAAGUGAUACAGGAGGAGAUAGUACAGAGGAUCAGGAUUCAACGAAUUGUCCAAGCUCAAGAUGAAGAGCGUUGGAUUGUCAAUCUCAAGACAUAUCUAAGUGGCGAUGUAUCAAACUUGGAUGCGGUAGAAGUGAAGAUGUGCGCCAAACUGGCGCCGGAAUACGAGAUCGAUGAGAACAAUCUGCUAUUUUUUUGCCCCAUGGCGAAAAGAGAGUCGGAAGAUCGCGAUGGUUUGAUGCGGUUGGUGAUCCCUGAGACGUUGCAGCAGGAUUUUUGCAUCACUAUCACACGAGUCUGGAAGGAGGCCAUCAGGGUAUUGGCCGAACCUAUCAGAGGAUCAGAUCGCGAUUUCAUUGGAGAGGACUGUAUCGGAGCGUUCAACGAUAUGUGGGCGAAUGUACCGACUGUGAGACCGGGAAAGGAAACCCGAUGA